CAUUAUUGAAAUUUCCAAUUAAAUUGAAUUAUAAAUCACUUUUCCGAGUACUUAGCAGAAUAUGUUAUUAGCCUAGACUUAUUACUAGACAUGUACCACGAAAGAUCCUUUGUAUCUAUGCUGCUGAUGAAACCGACUAACAUGGCGACAGUUUUAUGGGAUCUGAAAUCCAUAUUUAAAUGGGAAAUACCUAAAAUCGUAAUGACACCAGGUCAAGAGUUUGAAUUGAGAAAUGUCUUCAACAAGGAGGUCAUUGCUGUUGUCUUCAUGCCUUUGAAUUUUGAUGCACUUCUAUACGACACCUGCGCUCAGCUGUUUAAUAACACGCGGCAAACUAGAAUUGUGGUGGCUGCAGAGGAUUCAAAAGCCUCUCAAACUCAAUUCGAGAAGCAGCUACUUCAAGCAGCUGAGAGUUAUAAAAUGACCCGAGUUAUACUAGCAUAUCUUAAUUCUAAGGGAGGAGAGUUGUCCUCAUAUAUAAAAUUGCAACCCUAUCCCAACUAUCAGUGGAGCAAUCCAACAAACAAUGAUUACUUCUAUCCCGAGUAUUGGCGAAAUUUGCACCGGAAAAAGGUUAUUGUCUUUGCUGAGCAAUCCAUACCAGGAGUUUUUCUUUUCAAGGAUUCCAAGGGAAAUAUCCAGUACAGCGGCCAUUUGGGUAAACUAAUUGAACUGUUUGUCCAAUACUACAAUGGAACAAUGCAGCCAUAUCAAACACCCAAGGUUGAUAAGUCCACAUUUUAUACCAACAUCAAAGAGUUGAUGGAAGAAGAACUUAUCGAUAUCCCCAUGACUACCGAUAGCGGUGUUUAUGACAAAUGGCACCGCAAAUCCGCCUGCAUAGAGGUAACACAGAUCAAACUAAUGGUACCUUGUCCCAGUCCGCUUACUACACCUGAACUCUUUCCUCUGCUGUUGGAUGUGAAAUUCAUUGGAAGCCUUAUUAUUGGCACUGUUGUCUUUUCGUUUAUCCAUUCAUUGUUCGAUUGGAUCUUUGGAGAAAUGGUGGAACCUUGGAGCUUUUUAUUAGAUGACAAGGGUUUGCCAAGUCUAUUGGGGCAAUCCUUUGCGGCCAGGGUAUCUCCUAGAUUAUCUCUAAAGAUUUUAUACCUCAUUAUGUUCUUCGCAGGCCUGUAUACUUAUAUGCAUUUUGGAGCAAAAAUGAAGACACUCUUCACCACACCCCCCUAUCACAGACACAUAGAAAACUUUCAAGAGCUGAACAGAUCACCGGUGACAAUACUGGUGCCGGAUACUGUCUUUGGCGAACCACCUCAUCCCAUAGACAAGUUGAUUCGAACGAAGGAUAAUGCCUUUUUUCAGGAAAUGCGUCAAAGCUUGAACACUUCGUAUGGUUAUAUAACUUCCCUAAACUCAUGGGAGUUGCUGAAGCAAAUACAACGGGGCAUCUCGCAUAAAAAGUUUUGUUUAUACAACAACCUAACAGUGAAAUCACCCAUGCUAAUGGCCUUUCGUCUACAGAGAAAUUCGGUAUAUAAAGAACCCUUGGAUGCGCUUAUUCAUCGCGUACAUGACGUGGGUCUAGUGCAAGCCUGGUAUUCACAGACUUUUGCGGAUAUGUUGAAACAGAAGGAAAUCAAAUUUAAAUAUUCCACUGAAGUGCCAGGAGCAUCCGCUCUAAAUGUUGGCGAUUUAAGGUGGUUGUGGAUAAUAUUGACCAUAUGUUUGCUGUUUGACACUGUGGUAUUUUUUGUGGAAAUUUUAAUUGGCCAUUACGUUGGACCUUGGGGUUAAAAUGCUGCGAAUAGCUGCAAAGCUUUUUAAAAUUGGAACAUUGGAAACCUUUAAUAAAACUCUUUGUAAUAAA